AUGACUAAAUUCUCAAAUUUCUUUCGCGAUGUCGGCGGAUCCAUCACUGGCGCUUUCUACCACAAGGGCGCCAAACACAGUGGCAAGACUAGCCAAAUUCCUCGCCCAGACACUCCUCCCAACUAUGAGGAUCUUUUCGGACAACCAACACAGCUUCCAGAAGGCUUGGACGAAGCUGCAGAGCAUGAAGCCUUCUUGAUGCGAAUGGCUCGCGAUCCAUCAAUCCUCGAACAUAGUUCAGAAUCGGAGGAAGAUUUUCCACAAGACACAUUGUUGGACCGAAUGGCACACAAUCCAUCAACCCGAGAGCGCCGUGUACGCCCGAAUAAUAUCACAAGCCAUAUCCCUAUUGUUUCUCGCCUCUUCUCAAUGUCACCACAAGUAACUAUUCCUGUUUCCCGAGUUGAGGUAGAGCCGCGCCAAACCACUCCUUCGCCAUUUGAUCAUAGUGACAACUUGGUCAUUCCAGAGCGUCCAAAAAUUGACCAUAGUGACAACUUGGUCGUUCCAGAGCCAGAAGUCGAUCCUGCUGAGCCAUUUUUACAUCUUGUCGAGGAAGCUAUCGCAGCUUCAUCUCCCCAAGCCAGAGAAGUUACUCCUGAGCAAGAAGCCAUUCGUCAGGAUGACACAAUUGCCGCCAAUUCUGGCCAUCAAUCAAGAGGCCAUACUCAUCGCUCAUCCCAGGGUCGCUGUAUGAGCUCGCAUGACACCGAAGAUGCUCAAUUACCACCAAGAGUAGUCAGCAGCCCAGAGCCACGCGCCUCGGUAUCCAGAAUUCCAAUUGCUGCUAGAUCUAGUUCAUUGCAAGAUAGAUCUACUGUUUCUGCACAACCAAGCUCACGACCAGAGUCUUCUGACCCACGCCGAGCUAGAGGUCAAUCAGCUGGUCGUGGACAUGGCGAGCCAUCUCAGGGACAGCCAAGAGCUGUAAGUGCUCCCCAGCCAGGCGCACAAUCAUCUUCUCCAGUUGCUGUUAGACAAAAUUCAACACAACCAAGAGGUGUCCAUAAUCAUCGAGACAUCAUUCAACGCCAUGCACGUGUAUCAGCUCAUCAUACUAGCUUGGUAGGAUCCACAGACAAUACAGCACAACAAUUGCCAAUGCUUAGACAGCGACCAUAUCCCGUUGUUGCUCAAGAUGAGUCAGAUGAACUGACGGGAGAACCAAAUCCUGUUGAAAUCCAAGAUUUCCUCGCUCGUGAUCGAUCAGCCUCACAAACUAGCCAUUCCAAUUCUCAGAGGGCUUUAUCCUCAGGAGAUCUUACUGCUCUGAGAUCGCAACAUGCAUCCCAUCGGGAUACUGCAUCCGGUACUCAAGUUGCGCAUCAGCGAAGCGCACGCAGCAAUGAUGUCGCUCGCAGAACUGAAGCCGGCAACAGUCGGUCUAAUAGACGCCAAGAUGCUCAUGACCAAGUUGCUGAACGAUCAUCCAAUAAUCACCAUCUUGAAAAUAGCGAUCUCAAUGGAUCCAAUGCUAGAUCAGGAAAUGAAGCUGCUAGUUCUGACAGUUCUGGAAGUUCAAUUGUCGGAAUGGAUGCCCACACUAGAGAGACUACUCCAAAAAUCUCUAGGCCUAGUUCUUCUGAAACUACUAGACCUACACCUGAGCAAUGCGAUCCCGUUCACCCAGGAAUCACUUCUCCCUUGUUAAUCGCAGAACUUCACCACGGUCGAGCCAACGGCGCAAGUAGGCCACCAGUCAUUGGCCCAUAUCUUGCUGAGCGGCUUGACGCCGCACGAGCUGCACGUGGUUUACCUAGAUCGCCACGCAUGUGGGAUAUCCCAACACCCAAUGAUGAAAUCAACAAUCCUGUUCAUCCGGCCGAUUUCCGCGGAAGUGGUUACCAGCCAACUAAUAGAGACCCAGUCUCAAACUCAGAGCGUCCACCUACUCGAUCGAACAGCGCAGUUCAUGGUGGCCACAGGCAACGCCGUGCGGGACAUCAAGGCACUAUUGAUAGUAUGCACAGUCGAGAGUUGGCACUUGACCGAGAGCUCCAGGAGAUCCGUGAGCAGGAGAGACAGAGAGCAAUCCGAGAGGUAGAGGAGAGACGUCGAGAGAACAGAGAGAGACGAAACAGAGAGCGUGAGAGAAGAGCCAGAGAGAAGAGAGAUCGCGAGCAGAAAGAAAGAGAUGAUUUGAAGAAAAAGAGAUCAGAUGCCGUCGACGGUAUCCUUCAACCAAUCCACAUCGAUCGUUGUUUCUGUCUUGAGAAAUUCGGAGAUGGUGGCUCGCCUCAUGAGCGUGUCAAGUUGGCGCACUGUACUCACAUUUUUGGCAGAAGCUGCAUCAAAGAGUGGUUGAUGAUGAGUGAUACCUGUCCACAGUGUGUGGCUGCGCACUCCACUCUGAGUGAUUUGUCGCGACAGGCACAAGAAUUGAUCCUCCGUCAUGAGGAAUGGUAA